CGGAUCCUCAUGUAUCGACCAGUCGACAUGUCAAAAUUCUACAUGCUCCUUCUGGGGUCUCUCCCUUUCUGCCUGGCCCAAUUCUCUAUCCAGGGGCCAAGUGACGGGAAUCGCGUCGCUCAGGGACUGAAAUAUAGCCAAGAGAAGGGAAUCGAGUACGACCAGAGAGGAACCAGCGGAUCCGGAGGCUUUUCGAUCCAAGGAGCCACGGAUGGAAACAGCAACUUCCAGAUUCAAGGGGCUACCGAUGGUCACAGUGAUUUUGCGAUUCAAGGCGCUUCAGUUGGAGGUGCCGAAUACGCGAUUCAAGGUGCCACCGAUGGUCAUAGUCAGUCAUCGAUUCAAGGUCCCUAUGAUGCAAAUCAGGACAAUCAGAGGUCCUUGCAGUACAACGAUCCCAGUGGACUUAGAGUAAAUUGGAGGUCAUACGCUCACGAACGCCAAGCUCAACAAGCCCAACAAGCCCAACCAGCUGUACAUGAGCAGCAAUACGUUCCUACACCUCGAGGACGUCAUCACCAACGCGCUCACGAACCUCAGCAACAAGCUCCGGCCGCUGCUCAGGGACAGCAAUACCAAGUUCAAACACCUCUUCAUCCACCCAAUUACAGAACGUUCGAGAAGGCACCUGAUAGGAUCAAGCAACUGCUCCAAUUCCAGGCUCAAAUUCCGUAUAUGAACAUCAUUCCUGAACCAUUCAGAUACGAUGAAGCUGCCGCAUUAAAAGCGCAGCAGGAGCAAGUUCGGGCCUUCAUCCAAGGCCAGUACCAAGACGCUCAGACCCAAUCAGAAAUUAUCGUUCAGGACCAGCAACGACAUCAUCCAACAUCCCAACAGCAGCCCAAAUCCCGUGGUCGAUCCCGCGAUAAGCGUCAGGCUCCUCAGUAUCAAGGUGGUCAGUAUCAGGGUGGUCAGUAUCAGGGUGCUCAGCGCCAGGCUCCUCAGCAUCAGGUCCCGCAACAGCAGCAGCAGCACCAGCAAUACCAGCAACCCGAGUACACCAGAAUAUCCCAACCGGCACCGGAAGCCCAACCCCAGUACUCGACAAAUGUCCCGUCGUCGAUUCAGGAAUUGCUGAAAUUCCAAUCGCAGAUUCCGUACCACAUAAUCGCUAAUCAGAUCGUCUAUCAGCCGGACAAACCUUAUGUUCCUCAGCCCGUGCAGCACCAGCAACAAGCGGCUUCUGAAGAAGUGCAAUACCGACAGGCACAACAGCCACAAACUCAUGGUCAAGGCUUUGGACCUUAUCAGCCUCCAGUUCGCCCGGUUACUGAGAAUCAAUACUAAGAUGCAGUUGUCCGAUUUUGUAAUCUUUUAUUUAUUUACAAAAUAAGUUGAGCGAACCGUUCCGACCGAUCGGUGAUCAGCAACGAUCCAAUCACAGAAUCCAAAACACCAGGAAGAAUGUUGGAUUUUAUAGACAAUGUGACAGAACGAUAUGGUCGGUUGUAACUAAAGUAGAGGAAGGUUCGAUCUCGGGAAAUUUGAGUUCUUCUUUUUCCUCAUUUUUGUAUUACGAAUGCGUUUUUAUUGGAGUUAAGGUGCAUGACCGGAGACCAAUAUUGCUGGGUAUAUGCCAGCACUCGUCGAAGCCAAAUGACUGGGUAUGCGAUGUCGAAGCGCGUUUGUCGUUGUAAAAGGGAAAUUGCGCGGGAAUUGCCGUAUGUUAUAUGUGUCAAUGGUAAUUGUGAUGUUGUUUCAUCGAUCGGCGUGGAGAAUGUUAUGGGGAUGUGAAAUGCGGAAACACUUUACGGGAGGGGGGCUACUUUAAUGUAGGAUGCCAAGACCAGGAACUAUCCGAGAACCCUCGUAUUCGAACGUGAUUUUCAUCAAUUUCCUGAGUCUUAGAAAAUUACGAACUUAACGAAAAAUUCUCAAUGUCUUCGAUUAAUUUCUCGAUCACACUUUAUCCACCAGCUUUCGCAACGGGUCGUAAAGGGAAUUCCGCAGAAGCGGAGUCGUUGCAUUGCAUCCAGUACCACAGACCCGUUUGUUUUGUAGAUUUUUAC